AUGGCCGAAGAGUUGAUGAAACAGUUUGUGUCAAUCGGUUUGAGUGAAUCCAAAGCCAAAGAGACGCUCAAAAACGAUGCCUUAAGCAAAACUCUGAGCGAAUUGAUUGUCGAGACAAACAAAUACGUGAAGACCGGGAAUGGACUCAACAAAACGAUUGGCAAACUUAUCUAUCAAACGGCGACAACCAUUAAGUUUCAGAUCAGAUCUCAUUUACCACUUGUUGUCGAGUAUAUCGCCAAAGAGAAGAUCGAUUCGGAGAUCAAAUUAAGCGCAGCCAUCGAUUACCUCCUCUCAAACCCAACCGCUAGUAUCGACAUCAAGGCGUUUGAGUCCAGUUCUGGAGUUGGGGUCACUGUUAGUGACCAACAGAUUAAGGAUAACGUGAAGUCAUUGAUUGAAAAGCAUAAAAAGGAUUUAAUUGAAAAUCGGUAUCGAUUUAAUUGUGGAUUACUUUUGGGACAAUUGAAGAAAGACUUAAAGUUUGCCGACGGAAAGGCCAUCAAAACAGAGGUCGACCGACAAGUGCUCGAACUCUUGGGUCCCAAGAAUGAGAAGGAUUUGGCGAAACCCGUCAAAGAAAAGGCCAAUAAAGUGGUAAACGUAGCGAAGAAUCAGUCGACAGACAAUUGCGACGAUACGGCCGACAAUGGCAUUGAUUUUAUUGAAUUACUCAAAAGUAAGGCUCACUUACAUAAAGUGGGCGAUAAUUAUAAAACAGAUGGAUAUGUGAUAACCGAUAAGUCCAUGGAUUUGAUCGCAAAGCACGUGAAAGAGAUCGGCGGGAAAGUGAUGACCCGUUUCCCUCCCGAACCCAACGGCAUCUUACAUAUCGGUCACGCGAAGGCCGUUAACGUGAACUUCGGGUACGCGAAGGCAUUCAAUGGCUGCUGUUAUCUGCGAUACGACGACACGAAUCCCGAGAAAGAAGAGGAAAGAUUUGUUCGCGAAAUCAAAGAAAUGGUCGAAUGGUUAGGAUAUAAACCCUUUAAGAUAACGCAUUCCUCCGAUUAUUUCGAUCAGUUAUACGAAUACGCCGUUCAUCUGAUCCGCAAAGACUUGGCGUACGUCUGUCACCAAAAACAAGAAGAGCUGAAAGGUUUCAAUCCUCCGCCGUCUCCGUGGAGGACACGACCGGUCGUCGAGAGUCUGAAACUGUUUGAAGACAUGAGGAAAGGAAAGCUGGCAGAAGGAGAGGCGACCCUUCGGAUGAAGUUGACUCUGGAAGAGGGCAAACAGGAUCCGGUGGCCUAUAGGAUCAGAUACAUUGAACAUCACCGCACGGGCAACAAGUGGUGCAUUUAUCCGACCUAUGAUUUCACGCAUUGUUUAUGCGAUUCCAUAGAGAAUAUCACGCAUUCGUUGUGCACUAAAGAGUUUCAAACGCGCCGUUCGUCCUAUUAUUGGCUCUGCAAUGCUGUGGACGCCUACUGUCCCGUGCAGUGGGAAUACGGGAGGCUUAACAUCAACUAUACGGUGGUCUCUAAACGCAAAAUCGCAAAACUCAUUGACGAGAAGAUUGUGUCCGAUUGGGACGAUCCCCGACUCUUCACUCUCACAGCUCUCAGACGUCGAGGCUUUCCCGCGGAAGCGGUCAACUCAUUCGUUACCAAAAUGGGUUUAACGGGUGCUCUCACUGUUGUGGACCCCAUUAUGUUAGACACUAUCGUUAGGGAUAAUCUGAACGUAACGGCGCCGCGAGCUAUGGCUGUAUUGAAUCCAUUAAAAGUGCGGAUUACAAACUUCCCGUCGGAAACACCAUUAGUGCCCAUCUAUAUCGAGGUUCCGGACUUUCCCUCCGAUCCGAGCAUCAAAUCUCAUCAUUUGGUUCCUUUUGAAAGAGAGAUAUUUAUCGAUCGCUCGGAUUUUGCUGAAGAGACCACUGAUAAGAACUUUAAGCGAUUGACAGCAAAGCAAAGGGUUGGUCUCAAACACUCGGGUUAUGUGAUCGAAGUGACCAAAGUUGUGAAGACCGGCGGCAAUGAAAUCGAGAGAUUAGAAGCCGUUUGCCAUAAAGUGUCUGAAGUGGAGAAACCGAAAUCAUUUAUUCAAUGGGUUUCCACUCCUAUCGUAUGCGAAGUUCGUCUUUACGAGCGUUUGUUUAACCACAAGAAUCCUGAGGACCCGAACGAAGUGCCCAAUGGUUUCAUUUCGGAUUGCAAUCGCGAUUCCCUGACUAUAAUCAAAGAGGCAUUUGUGGACACGUCUGUCAAAUACGCCAAACCCUACGACAAGUUUCAGUUUGAAAGAGUGGGCUUUUUUAGUGUCGAUCCCGACUCCAGACUCGGAAGACUUGUCUUCAACCGAACUGUUUUGCUGAAGGAUUCCUCGACAAAGAAUUGA